AUGAACCGAUUUCUUGUUUUUGGUGAGUUUUGAUUUUUUGUUAUGAACUAUGUACAUAACAGUUUUAACAAAAAAAUUAUUUUUAAGCGAUUUUCAUCUUGUGCUCAUUCAUGACAUGUGAUGCAUUACGCGGUGCUCUUUUCCGAUCUGGUAGAUCUGCAGGUCGAAGUCGACCAAUGAAUCAACAAUCAGCACAAACGUUGUUUGAUUACAUGUUUGCACCAAAAAGAAGUGUUGGAACAUUGGUAAGUUGAGGGAAAUGAAAUGUAUACUAUACCAAAACAAUCUAAUUUAUGAUAACUCCAUCAAUGUAAAUCUAUUUUAUUCUAAUAUUUCAGGAAUCAGAAAGUGUUGUGCCGGAACUUCCGUCUGAUGAACAACAACCACUGUUCUACACCCAGUUCCACUAA